GUAGCCUUCUCAUUGGCUGAAUUGUUGCUGCCCCACUCUUUCCACGGACACAAAUAAUGGUGCUCCUCCUCCUCCUCCUCCUCCCACCAUCGCCACCAUUGCAAGGAGAUCCCCUCCUCUCUUCGCCGCCGCACCGGAGGUGAGGUAGACGAAGAUAAGAUUAUCGUUGUUGCACUUUUGGAUCAUCUCAAAUCACUUCUCCAGCGACAUCUACAUAGUCUACACGUAAGUUGAGAAGAUUAUCAUAAAAGAAUAGUCUACACCAAUGGCGUCGCGGAGCCAGUGCGCCAAGGUGAGCGGCGAGGCGGGGACGACGGCUUCCCCCUCCGCCGCCGGCGGCGGCGAAGGCGGCGGCGCGGCGCUGCCGGCGGACGUGCUGUUCGAGGUGCUGCUGCGGCUGGGGCCCAAGGACGUGUGCCGCCUCCGCGGCGUGUGCAGGUCGUGGCGGGCGCUCACCACCGACGCGACGUUCGUCGCCGCGCACGCCGCGCGCCACCGCGGCCCGCUCCUCGCCGGCGGCGUGCUCGACUUCGACGUGUUCCCCUCCGUCGACGUCCUCCUCAUGGACCUCUCCGGCAGCGUCGUCAAGCGCAUCCGCCACGCCGCCACCCACCUCGUCCUCCCCACCACCAACCUCGACCUCCUCUGCGUCACCGAGGUCUACACCUGCAGGGCCACCCUCCUCAACCCGAUCACCGGCGCCGCCGUCCACCUGCCGGAGCCGCUGUCGACGCCGCACUCCCUCCGGGGAAGAUCUCUGAGCGACUUCGACGGCUCCUUCAAGUACGGCAGGGACAGCAAUGGCGAUUACAAGGUGCUCCGCGUCCUCACGGAUUGCCACAACAAGCAAUUCCCCGAACAGCUGUUCGAGAUCUUGAGUCUGGACGAGAGCAGCAGAUACCAUAUGCGGUGGAGGGCCAAGAAGGCGCUGCCGAUGUGCGUCCGGAGGGACGCCAUCGGCGGCGUCGUCAUCAAUGGCGUCGUCUACUUCUUGCUGGAUGGCCGUCCCAAUGGCGUCAAGAACGCGCAUCGCGAAUCCUACGAGAUGGAUCACAUGGCCCUGUUCGAUCUCUGCUCCGAGAGGUGGAUAUCAUACCUGGAGGGACCAAUGGCGACCCAUCCGGAGAUGAACAACAUCGAUGAGAUCCUCCCUGAGCCCCUUGAGAUGUCGGUGUACCAGAAUCUGUCAUUGUCCGAGCUGAGUGGUGCAUUGGUUGUAGCUCAGUACACGGAUUAUCGAAGCGCGGAGAUCAAAUCCUACGUAGACCUCUGGUAUCUGAUGGACUCGGAGAAGCAGAUUUGGGAGAAGAAGUAUAGGAUUGUUUUGGAGAUGGAUACCUGGGACACUGAACACAUUUUCCCUCAUGCACAUCCCUCACUGAUUCUAGAUGAUGGCAGGAUACUCAUCUACAUAACUGUGCACUUAGCCAACUUCGAAGGGCAAUACACGAGGCGGGUGAUGCGGUUAUAUGAUCCGGAGACGGACACUUUGGGUUCAGACUUGGUGGAUGUUAAGAAUAUUCACUCAAUUGGUUUCUUUUCAGGAAGCUUGUUGAGCAUACAGAAUGGCCAGGGGUUGUGAACUUGUAGUAGAUGUGUUACUGUGUCCUUGGUCAGUUCAACACAUCCACUGGUUCUUAAGAGUAGUGUGGCCUGAACUUCUUUACCAGAUUAUAUCAUUGUUCGGAGUUCAGACAUUUUGAGCUAGGAGCUGCAUUUGUGUUACUGUCUGAGCUUCUUACUCCAAUUAUCUUCUUGCCAAUCUUGAGAGGCAAGAUGUUUUCCAUUCUAGGAGUCUGAACCCUGGCUGGCUUGCUGUGUUUUCCUAGUUUCAGUUAUAAACUUUGUACUCGGAUUGUCCUGCUCUAAUUAAAAUGUAUGAAGCUGGUGAAUAUGGUUUUUAGUCCA